AUGUCAAGGCAGCCAGGCCUUGGCACGUGCUAUCCUUUUGACAUGGGAGCAAUCUGGCGCCAGUUCUUCAGAAUACCCCAACGCAUGACGGAAACGGCCUCCAACACUCGACUCCUUGAACCUAGGGUAAGGAGGCACCUCACGAGAAUGACCACCCGCCACUACACCGCCAUGCUGCUUGCCCUGCUGCUUGCCCUGCUGCGCAGCGCCUUGUUCGCCGAAAACAGCAUGUUCCCUGCGCCCAAGGAUGACAUCAGCCACCCAAAGUCCUACGUCGAGGUACAACAGACCUCCCAUGUCGUCCCGGGCUGA